AUGACUACUAAAACACCAGCGGUAGGUAUUGACUUGGGUACCACAUACUCGUGCGUGGGCGUGUUCCAGUACGGUAAGGUGGAGAUCAUCGCCAACGAUCAGGGCAACAGGACUACACCUUCAUAUGUUGCCUUCACAGACACUGAACGUCUCAUCGGAGAUGCCGCCAAGAACCAGGUGGCCCUGAACCCAAACAACACCAUCUUUGAUGCCAAACGUCUCAUUGGGCGUAAGUUCGAAGAUGCCACAGUUCAGGCUGACAUGAAACACUGGCCCUUUGAGGUAAUCAGUGAUGGUGGAAAACCAAAGAUCAAGGUUGCAUACAAGGGUGAAGACAAAACAUUCUUCCCAGAGGAAGUCAGUUCAAUGGUAUUAACAAAAAUGAAAGAAACAGCUGAAGUUUACCUUGGCAAAACGGUGCAGAAUGCAGUAAUUACAGUGCCAGCAUACUUUAAUGACUCCCAAAGACAGGCCACAAAAGAUUCUGGUACAAUCUCUGGUCUGAACGUUCUCCGAAUCAUCAAUGAACCAACUGCUGCUGCGAUUGCAUAUGGUCUUGACAAGAAAGGAGGUGGAGAACGUAACGUCCUUAUUUUCGAUCUUGGCGGUGGUACUUUCGAUGUAUCCAUCCUGACCAUCGAGGAUGGUAUCUUUGAAGUAAAGUCCACUGCUGGAGACACUCACUUGGGAGGUGAGGACUUUGACAACCGCAUGGUCAACCACUUUGUACAGGAGUUCAAGCGGAAGUACAAAAAGGACAUUUCCUCCCACAAGAGGGCCCUGCGUAGGUUGAGGACAGCUUGUGAGCGCGCGAAGAGGACUCUUUCCUCGUCGACACAGGCUAGCAUUGAAAUCGACUCUCUGUUUGAGGGUAUCGAUUACUACACAUCCAUCACCCGGGCGCGUUUCGAAGAACUAAAUGCAGACUUAUUUAGAUCUACCAUGGAGCCAGUAGAGAAGUCCCUCCGUGACGCAAAGAUGGACAAGGCGCAAGUGCACGACAUUGUCCUCGUCGGAGGUUCCACUCGUAUCCCAAGAGUGCAGAAGCUCCUUCAAGACUUCUUCAACGGCAAGGAGUUGAACAAGUCCAUCAACCCUGACGAGGCCGUAGCCUACGGAGCGGCCGUUCAGGCCGCCAUCUUGCACGGUGAUAAGUCUGAAGAGGUACAGGAUUUGCUCCUGUUGGAUGUGACCCCGCUGUCCCUUGGUAUCGAGACUGCAGGCGGUGUCAUGACCACCUUGAUUAAGCGUAACACGACCAUCCCCACCAAGCAAACCCAGACUUUCACGACCUAUUCCGACAACCAACCCGGUGUGCUUAUUCAAGUAUUUGAGGGUGAGCGUGCCAUGACCCGAGACAACAACCUUCUCGGUAAAUUUGAGCUCACUGGUAUUCCUCCAGCGCCCCGUGGUGUCCCACAAAUCGAAGUUACUUUCGACAUUGACGCCAACGGUAUCCUUAACGUAUCGGCUGUCGAAAAAUCUACCAACAAGGAGAACAAGAUCACGAUCACCAAUGACAAGGGUCGUCUGUCCAAAGAAGAGAUCGAGCGUAUGGUCAACGACGCUGAGAAAUACAGGAAUGAAGAUGAGAAACAGAAGGAAACCAUUCAGGCUAAGAACGCGCUCGAAUCUUACUGUUUCAACAUGAAGUCUACCAUGGAGGAUGAGAAGCUUAAGGACAAAAUCACAGACUCCGACAAGCAAAUCAUUUUGGACAAAUGCAACGACACCAUCAAAUGGUUAGACGCUAACCAGCUGGCUGACAAGGAAGAAUAUGAGCACAAGCAGAAGGAACUGGAGGGUGUGUGCAACCCGAUUAUAACCAAGCUUUACCAGGGUGCGGGUGGAGCCCCCGGAGGCAUGCCUGGUGGUAUGCCAGGCUUCCCUGGCGGAGCGCCUGGAGCCGGCGGAGCAGCUCCUGGUGGCGGAUCCGGACCCACCAUCGAAGAGGUUGAUUAA